AUGGCGCUGAAUGGGACACUCAUGCCCUUUCUGUAUCCCUGCCUCCACACGAGUAGAGGCAAUGCGCCGCGCGCAUUGAGGAGGUGGCUACAACUAGGACGACCGACCACAAAUACACAAUGUCUGUCCACGAGACAUAUUGCAACCGUUUCUAGCACAAAAGGAGGCUACGAAGACGAGAGCUUCGAUGACACACCCGAGAGCGAACUUGACCGCUUGGAUCCACCGCCAGACUCGUACUCGAUCACACCUUUCACUGACCGAUGUUCGAUCGUCCUCCACGCAGGUAGUGGAGGCCACGGCUGCAUCAGUUUCUUGCGCGAAAAGUACAUCGAAAACGGCCCACCUAAUGGCGGCGAUGGAGGAACUGGAGGAAACAUCUACAUUCAGGCGGUGCAAGGCGAGACAUCAUUGCACAAGCUUGCGCGACGAGGAAUACUAAAAGCUGGUCGUGGGAAGAAUGGCCAAGGAAAAGGUCAGGGAGGAACCAGAGGAGAAGACAUCUUGAUCACAGUGCCCGUGGGUACGAUUGUCCGAGAAGUGUGGCGACACGACCCUGUGGCAGAGGAAGAGGUGGCAGACAAGAGGGCAAAAGCCAUGGGAGCAGACGCCGUCUUCGAUGAUGAGCCCGGCGUUGUCGACAACACUCGCAAAUGGAGGCGCGACAAAUGGUUGCUGUUCCCUGGUGCCAUGCCUCAAUCCUUCACAUCCGCAGAUUUCCCUCCUCUACCACGUCCGAGAAGAUCGCAGAUUGCAAUGGCACAGCCCCCGGCACCUAUACGUUUGGAUUUGGACACUCCAAUGGAUACUCCUCAGCUGCUUGCUGCUGGUGCAAUGGGCGGUUUGGGCAAUCCACACUUUGUCACAAAGAGCAUCACUCGUCCCAAGUACGGCACAAAGGGUGAUGAGGGCAUGAAGGUCGAGAUCCAGCUCGAGCUCAAACUGCUUGCCGACGUCGGUCUCGUUGGUCUCCCCAAUGCUGGAAAGAGCACUCUGCUACGAGCCAUCACCAACAGCCGCGCACGUAUCGGCAACUGGGCCUUCACAACCCUGCAACCAAACAUUGGCACCGUUGUCCUCGACAACCACAAAGGCCGUCCUCUGGUUCCCACCUCAAGCACUAAAAAAGGCCCUGCUCGCACGAACUUCACCAUCGCCGAUAUUCCCGGUCUGAUCGAAGACGCCCACCUCGAUCGUGGUCUAGGUCUCGGCUUCCUCCGCCACAUCGAACGCGCUGGCAUCCUAGCCUUUGUAGUCGAUCUCAGUGCCGGUGAUGCAAUUCAAUCCCUCAAAGGCCUCUGGAAAGAAGUCGGUCAAUACGAACUCCUCCGCGACCGCGAAGUCAACGCCGAAACCGAACGCCGCGUUGAAGAAGAAAAAGAAAUGGUGCGCUACUCACCACUAGUCCAAGCUGAAGCCCCCAAUGUUUUCGAAGAUGGCUCUGUGUUGUUCAAUCCUGAUGGGUCGCGUGUUCUUCCUGAACUCAAGUUGCCGCCUAUCUCGUCAAAGCCUUGGUUGGUUGUUGCUACCAAGGCUGAUUUGCCAGAAACGAGAGAGAAUUUUGCGGCUUUGCAGGCUUAUUUGAAGAGUAUCUCUGAAGGAGAGACGGUACAUCCUAGUGGAAAGAAGAAUGCUUGGAAGAAAAAGCUUCAUGCUAUUCCUGUCAGUGCUAAACUGGCUCAGGGUGUCGAGAGGAUCACUCCUAUUGUUGUUGAUCUCCUGGAGAACUGA